AUGGGAAUUUCAAACACCAAGAGAAGUCUUAUUCGGUCUCUUUCUAAUGGAAAACAGACAGCUUCAAAGACCUUAGAAAUCCCAAAAGGCUAUUUUGCAGUCUAUGUUGGAGAGAGCCAGAAGAAGCGGUUUGUGAUUCCAAUAGCAUACUUGAACCAGCCUUCAUUCAUGGAUUUGCUGAGUCAAGCCGAAGAAGAAUUUGGAUACGAUCAUCCCAUGGGUGGUAUCACAAUUCCUUGCAGUGAGCACACCUUCCUUGAUCUCACUUCCAGCUUAAGUGUGAAUAUAGAAGCGAUGGGUUUCCGGCUGCCUGGAAUUUCUAACACCAAGAGAAGCCUUACUCGAUCUUCAUCUAAUGGAAACCAGACAGCUUCAAAGACCUUAGAUAUCCCAAAAGGCUAUUUCGCAGUCUAUGUUGGAGAAAGCCAGAAGAAGCGAUUUGUGAUCCCAAUCUCAUACUUAAACCAACCUUCAUUUAUGGAUUUGCUGAGUCAAGCCGAAGAAGAAUUUGGAUACGAUCAUCCCAUGGGUGGCAUCACAAUCCCCUGCAGUGAAGACACCUUCCUUGAGCUCACUUCCAGCUUAAGUGUGUGA